AUGGCGAUCUACUUCCUGCAGGUCCACCCCGACUUCGGGCUGCCCCUGCUCUCCACGCAGCUCUUCGACGGCUUCGGGCACAUGCCGCCCGCUCCGCGCUGGGAGUGCCGGGCCCCGCUGCCCGGGGCGCUGCGGCAGUUUUUCGCAUUCUACGCGCGGGAGUUCGAGUGGGGCAGGGAGGUCGUCUCUGUGCGGCUCGGCCGGCGGUGCAGGGCUGGCGGCCCAGAGUUCACCCUGUUGCCGAAUGCCGCGGAUCACCGCCUGCACGUGGAGGACCCCUUCCUCACGGGGAGGAACCUGAACUGCGUGCUCGGCCUCGAGCAGGAGGCCCAGCUGCAGGCGGCGCUGCGCGCCGCCGAGGCCGCGCUGCGGGGUGGCGGCCUGCCACUGGGCCUGGGCGGCGUGGCGGUGAGCGCCGGCGGAGGGCUUGGCUUGCUGGCUGCGGGUGGUGAUGGUCCGCGCGGGGCUCGGCGGCCUUCCGGGCUGGGCCCGCUCUAG